UUCCUGUCUGGGGUUCAGGGGCGGGUUUGGACCCCGACAUGCCAACCCAGCAGCUGCGAGAGUGAAGCUGGUCUGUCAGUGUAAUUUAGUCAUUUAAAAUAGACGGCAUUGAAAUGGAGAACGACGUAUUAGACUGUUUGGAGGAUUUGUGUUACAAGGGUCCUCUGAUAGAAAAUGGUGCGCUGGAUCGGGCAGUUGCUGAGGGUGCCACUUCUCCUGAAUUCACAAAGCUAUGUGCCUGGAUUGUCUCUGAGAUCAAGCUAUACUGCAAAUUGGAGGAGAAUGUGCAAGCCACAAACAGUCCCAGUGAAGCAGAAGGCUUCCAGCUUGAGAUGAGUGGCUUGCUAGCUGAGAUGAACUGCCCUUAUUCUGUUCUUACGACUGGGGAUGUCGCCAAACGUCUUCAAAACAAAAACAGCUGCCUUUUGCUGCUCACCUACCUUAUUUCUGAGUUGGAGGCGUUAAAGAUGGUUCAUGUAAGCCAUCCGCAAAAGACGACUCUGGAGGGGGGAGGCAGUGAUGUUUUUCUUGAGCUGAAGGGGAUUUGUGUGGGCCUGGGUAUGUCCAAACCCCCUGCCAACAUUGCCAUGUUCCAGUUCUUUAGUGGAAUUGAGAAGAAGCUGAAGGAAGCCAUGUCCAAGGUGCCGCCGAAUCAUGUUGGAAAGCCGCUACUGAAGAAACCACUUGGCCCAGUUCACUGGGAAAAAAUCGAAGCUGUCAACCAAGCACUAGUUAAUGAAUAUGAAGUCCGGAGGAAGAUGCUGCUGAAACGACUGGAUGUAACGGUGCAGUCUUUUGGUUGGUCAGAAAGAGCAAAGGCUCGUGCUGAUCAGUUGGCGAAGGUCUACCCACCAAAACGAACUGCUCUUGCUACAAAAAGCAAUAUUUCUAUUGCACACCUAUAUGCAGCCCGGGAAGAUCUGUCCAAGAUUUUAAGAACCAGCAGUGGAAGGAUCCGUGAGAAGUCAGCCUGUGCCAUCAACAAGGUGCUGAUGGGCCGGGUGCCGGACCGAGGAGGAAGACCCAAUGAGAUCGAGCCACCUCCUCCUGAGAUGCCGCCCUGGCAAAAAAGGCAGGACGGGUCGCAGCAGUACGGAGGGGGAGGCGGGCAGCAGAACAGAGGUGGUGGCAGAGGGGGCUACGAUCAGCAGUCCCAGGGAGGGCGGGGAGGGUACGACCGAGGAGGAGGUGGCCGGGGUGGCAGAGGGGGCAAAGUACAAGGGGGUUGGGGGGAUGGAGGUGGUGGCGGCUACCAAGGCAACUACCAAGGGGGUGGAUACCAAGGUGUGGGAGGUGGCGGGUAUACAGGUGGAGGGUAUCAAGGUGGGUUUCAGGCAACUACCUACCAGGGAAGUGGAUACCAGGGAGGAGGAGGAGGAGGGGGUUAUCAGGGUGGUGGAGGCGGCGGAGGAUACCAGCAGGAUAACCGCUACCAGGACGGUGGCUACCAGGACGGUGGCUACCAGGAGAGAGGUGGCCGUGGGGGGCGUGGCGGCAGGGGCAGGGGGAACCGUGGCGGUCAAGGAGGUGGAUGGGGUGGAAGAGGAGGGCAGAACUUAAAUCAGGGAGGGCAGUUUGAGCAGUACUUCCAGCAGGGAGGCUAUCACUAUAACCAGGCAGGGUUUGGUCAGGGGAAGCAUUAUUCAAGUUGAGGUUAACCUCGUGGUCACUGCAACAGAGCUCACGUACUAGCGAGAUGGAUAAAAAAAAAAAAAAAGCCUUAACUACAAAAUAUUCCAGCAAUGUACACUACCAUGAAAUUGCACGGUAAGGUCGCCAGCACUGGGAGGAGUUGGUGCUGACCUGAAGUUGUUAAUUUUGAACUGAAAGGUUUCACAUACAGCAAGACUGAAGCCUUUUUUUUUAUCCUGAAUAUACGGUGAAAUUUCUGAUGACAUGCUUUUUCAUGAAACAGACACAACGGUACCUAUGCAAUCAUUUCUUUUAUUUUAACAUUUUUGUUUCAGGAAUUUCAACAUGAUUCUGGCUUUUGCUUUCAUAUUG